GGUGUGGCAUUAUACUGUGUUACAGACUCUCGUGUAUCACAGGUGUACCAAAACUUGGGCACCAUACGGAGUAUCACUUGCAAGCCUGUUGCACUGUUAAGUCUGCGAUCCUCAGUGUAUGGUGAAAUCCCCUCUGCUGCAUUCAUCUACAGCCGUGAGUUUGUUCUGCCAAAUUUCACAGCAUGUCGGUUACCUACGACGAGAGUCUGGUGUCUGAUGAGACCACAGACAGUUUCUGGGAGGUCGGGAAUUAUAAGCGUACAGUAAAGCGCAUUGACGACGGCCACCGGCUCUGCAAUGACUUGAUGAGCUGCAUUCAAGAUCGAGCUAAAAUAGAGAAGGCCUAUUCACAGCAGCUAACAGACUGGGCUAAGAGAUGGAGACAGCUAGUAGAAAGAGGGCCACAGUAUGGGUCAGUAGAGAGGGCCUGGAUGGCAAUGAUGAAUGAAACAGAUAAGGUGAGCGAGCUUCACCAGGACAUAAAGAACAUGCUGAUAAAUGUGGACUUGGAGAAAGUGAAAAACUGGCAGAAAGACUCCUACCACAAGCAGAUUAUGGGAAGCUUUAAGGAGACCAAAGAGGCAGAGGAAGGCUUCAGAAAGGCUCAGAAACCAUGGGCCAAAAAGCUUAAAGAGGUGGAGACAGCAAAGAAAGCAUACCAUUUGGCCUGCAAGGAGGAGAAGAUUGCCUCCAACCGAGAAGCGAACAACAAGGGAGAAGCAUCGUCUACCACUGCAGAGCAGCAGAAGAAGUUCCAGGAGAAGUUGGACAAAUGUAGAAGCGAAGUUCAGAAGGCCAAAGAGAAGUACGUGAAGGCUCUGGAUGAGCUGAGCAAUUGCACGCCACAGUAUGUGGAAAACAUGGAGCUGGUGUUCGAACAGUGUCAGCAGUUUGAGGAGAAGAGACUGGCCUUCCUCAGGGAGGUGCUGCUGGAUAUCAAACGCCAUCUUAACCUCACAGAGAACCAAAGCUAUGCCUCAGUUUACAGGGAGCUUGAACGAACCAUCACCUCUGCCAGUCCUCAAGAAGACCUGAGGUGGUUCAGCAACAACCAUGGCCCAGGCAUGCACACGAAUUGGCCACAGUUUGAGGAAUAUAACCCAGAACUGGGCCAUGCCAUUAACAAGAAAGAAAAACUGAAAAAGAACCAUGAUGAUGUCACACUCACCCAUGUCAUGACUGUUGGGGACCAUCAGUCAUCACCACAGGUUGACAACCGCAGCAGCGUGAGCAGUUAUGAAAAGAACCAGGCAUACUCUGCAGAAUGGUCAGAUGAAGAGCAGGCAGCUGCAGAGACCAAUGGAGGCAGCAACCCAUUUGAGGAGGAAAGGAGCCAAGGCGUGCGAGUCAGGGCACUAUAUGAUUAUGAAGGGCAAGAACAAGAUGAGCUCAGCUUCAGAGUAGGUGAGGAGCUAACUAAACUAGAAGAUGAAGAUGAUCAAGGCUGGUGUAAAGGACGGCUGGACAACGGUCAGCUUGGACUGUACCCGGCCAAUUAUGUCGAGCCUAUUUAGUUGCCUUGUGUGGGGAAAAUGGUCUUCAUAACCAGAGACUCCAAUAAUUUUCCAUGAAAAACCGAACCUUAUACAUUCACACCAUAUCCUAACAAUUGAACAGAAGAAAAAUCUCAAAUGUACAUAAAGUAUACUCUAUCUGUUGUGUUCAUCUAUACAAUAGAUUUGGGUUAUCAGAAACAAAGCAUUUCCAUAUGUAAUGUAAUUUCAGCAGACACAAAGAAAGUUUUCAUAUCCCUGUGUGUCUGUAGCCUGUUCUUCUAUACGAUAUUUAUAUAACCCAGUCCAUGAAGCCUAGCAUAGCAAUACACUAUGCAAUAUGUAUAUGUUAUUAGUUUUAGGUGUUGUAAUGCCAGUCUCGCUAUUGUCCCUAAUGUUGGCUCUGUUUUAUUACUUAUUUAGUUUAUAACAUGCAUUUACAUGUCAUUUUAUCUCUUAUUUAUUGAUUCGCUUAGGUCCCUGUCAUGGGUAAAUAUGAUUGUGUGAUGUUUUUUAUCUCCGUGUUCGUCAUAUGAAGUCAGAUUUUUUGAUACGUGUUCGUGUUUUCACUUCACUUCUACCUGGAAUGCAGCCUGCGCUGGUAUUAGCUACCAUAUUGCAUCUGGAUUGUGAAGUGCUGGCACUGGCAUUUAGCAGUUUGGUUCAAGCGCAUAAGUUUGUACUCCUCGAGUGCUAUCAUUGUGCCCUUUUGGACAAAGCAAAAUCUCAAAAUGCUGUUUUUGUAGCAAUCACUUCUUCAAUUUAUAGUCUUACAUGGUUUAUGAGAAAAGUGUCAUGUUCACAUACUCACUGACUGACAAAGUAAUUAUCUCUUUAAUAUAUACCCAUAAUAUGCAUAUUUCUAAAUGCAACUUACAUAACAGUCCUCACGGAAACCUGAACUACUUUUUGUGCAUUUUAACAAAACACCUGAGUUGAGUGCCUAUUAACUUUGCAAACCAUUUCCUCUUAAGGUAAUGUUCUACAAAGUCCUCAUGACUGCUAUAUCAUGACCUUUGUGUUGAUAUGCAUAAAGGACAUAUGCAUAUGCCGUAAGGUAACGUGUAAUACUUUUAGGUAAAGGCAAUACUUUACCUCAACAAUGACAGUGCACCUUGCAAUGAAUAAAGCCUUGUUGGCAAUUUAAAUGAUAAAAGCCUCUGGGGUAUAGUCAGUAUUAACAAAGUUAUUAGCACUUCUGUGUAAAUAUUCCUUUCAACACUUCAGAAGCUUCUCUUUUCUGUUUUAUUAUAUAUUUCAAUAUUAAGGGCAUGGAAAUGGGAACACCAGCACAAUAUGAGUGUAUUUAAGCUCAUAUUUAAGCUUCUAAUGCUGGUGUAGUGACUGUUUAACUGUUCAGUUCAAAAUAAAAGCUUAACCUGU